CAUCUCUGCUUGACAGUCAGUUCAUCGAGUUUAUAAAGUCUUUAUUUACCAAUCCAAAACAUUAACAGCGAAAAUAUUUAUAAUACCGCUAUCGCAUACCUAAGUAUCUAAAAAUCUGUAAUGGACGAUCGUUCUGAUAGUUCUGUAACUUCUAUUGAAGAUGAUGACGAAGAACGUACCGAUAAUACGGAAAACUUGUGCGACAACCCAACUCGGGAUAUUCUUUCGGAAGGAUUUUUUCGCUUGUUCAAACCGGUUAUUGACGACCUGGAUAAUAAUAUUCGCAGUGCUCGCCUUAACCAAAUGGAAUUGCGUCAACAAUUGGACGACCUCUCGGUGGAGAUGAAAAAUCUAAAUUUCGAAAACGACCCUCAGCUCCACGAAUAUUUUAAGCGGAUGGUUCACGUUAAACAAAAAGUGGUUGUUAUCAUGAAUGUUCUACAGGGCGCUCAGGAACGACUAGUUUCUCUCUGUCAACAACAAGAACAGUCAACGCAAGGACAACCUAAUAGUUAAUUAAAUCGAUAUAGCCAUUGAUAUUGUUUUAUUUAUUUAUAUAGAUUAUAAUAAAAUAUUUCCAAAGCAAA